AUGCAAGGAUGGGUUCCACGUGGAAAUGAACAGGCUAUGGCAAACAAAUCAAAAAUUAUGUCCUCUCACUUAUUCGGAUCUGAACCAGAACCUCAGUAUCAACCAAGACAAGCUCCUCCAGAACCUCAAUAUUCAAGUCCUCCAAAAGCACCUCAAACUUUCCCAGAAUACGAAUAUAUUCCAAGGCCUGUUCCAGAAGAUGACGAAGAUUAUGCUCCAAAGCAAAAUCAUACAAUUACGAUUUUUUCGAGUGAAGAUUAUCCUGAUUCUAUUCCAAAUUUACCUGAUUUUGACCUUCCAAUCGUAGAACCUCCAACUAGUUUUGAUAUUCCUGUUAUAAGAACAAAGCCAAACUUUGUAGCAACAGGAAAAAGAUUAUCUCCAAUCAAAAGAGACACGUUUCUACAGAUGCGCGAUGAAUUAGAAAACGACACUUACGAUAGAAAACCUCUCCAGACUAAUAUACCACAAGUUAAGAAGACAAAGAAGCUUAGAACAAAAUAA